UGAGUUGGUUCAACAAAUCCAUUUUUGCAGACACAACAAGCCAUCAGCAUCUAAACUUCUGGUGAUGAACAAGCUCAAGGAGUGGGCCUCUAGUGGUGAAGAUCGUAACCCGAGCGAUGAGACAAUAAGGACAACCGAAAGACAUGGUGAUUACGAACAUGACUUUGGUAGACGUGACGACUCUCAACAUGGCCACCGUCAAAGUGGCGACGAUCAAAUGGGACGCGAUCGGCGCAUGGGUGACAGAGACAGCGAUCAUGGGCGUGACAGAGGACGUCAACCUAUGCAUUCCCAAAGUGAUGAGAAAGGAGUUGGAGAUCGGCAUGGCGGUCAUCACAUGGGUGCCGAUGAAUUUGGCAGUGAACAGCAGCAUGGAGGCCGUGAAACCGGCACUCGUCCUUCAGGCGGUGGGCAAUGCGGUGAACGAUCACAUAGCACCCAGGAAGGUAGGAUGGGCAGGGAUGAAGGCGGCGACAGAAAGUUUGACAUGAGUGGUGACCGUGGUAGCCAGAUGGCCGGCAAUCAAUUCCCAUGAAGCGUGGGACCAGUUGAUGAACUCGCUUUUGGAUUGUUUCAUUAUUGGAAUUAUCAAAUGUUGUGUUGCGGUGAUGAUUUAUCUAAAAGAACUGAACUACUUCCAUUUCUACCUUGUUACAGCCUAGUUUACACCUAAUUUUCGUGCGAUGGUUUUGUUUAACAUCCACUGUGUGUACGACAUGGGUCCAACACACGGCGAUUACCUGUAGUUACAAAAACAUACUUUUUCGUUUGUAACGAAAUUAUUUACGAAAUAGAACGUCUACUUCUGACA